AGAAGAAGAAGAAGAAGCCGACAGGAGGGAAGACCGAUUGCUGUACAAAAUCGCAAGUAUAGAGUGAGCGAAGGCUAUGAUGUCCUGUCAUUUUAGGUGUUUUUGAGUUUUUGGUCAGCCUUUUUGUAUGCAUUCAAUAUGAGCUCUUUUGCUGGACGCAUGAAGGAGUAUCCCACCAUCUCCCUGGACCGUUUUGACAGGGAGAAUUUACAUGCCAGAGCCUAUUUUCUUUCUCAUUGCCAUAAAGAUCAUAUGAAAGGAUUGAAAGGUCCUUUGCUAAAAAGAAAACUGAAGUUUAGUUUGACUAUCAAGCUGUACUGCUCAUUUGUGACAAAAGAGCUUCUGCUUAGUAACCCAAAAUAUGGAUUCUGGGAAGAUCACAUUGUGGCCCUGGAAUUGGACAGUCCGACUCACAUAUCACUAAUAGAUGAAAUCACUGGAGAGUCGGAGGAUGUUGUUGUUACUUUGCUUCCUGCUGGACAUUGUCCAGGAUCAGUUAUGUUUCUCUUUGAGGGUUCUCAGGGUACAGUGUUGUACACCGGAGACUUCAGAUUGGCUAUUGGAGAUGCAGCCAGAAUGGAGCACUUGCACUCUGGAGACAGAGUAAAGGACAUUCAGAGUGUAUAUCUGGAUACUACAUUUUUUGAUCCAAAGUACCAUCAGAUCCCUAGUAGGGAGGCUUGUUUGUCAGGUAUAAGACAGCUGGUACAAGACUGGAUUUGUAGGAGUCCGUACCAUGUAGUUUGGUUGAACUGUAAAGCGGCGUACGGUUAUGAAUAUCUCUUCACCAACCUUGGACAGGAGUUCAGUUCACAGAUACAUGUAAAGAGCUUAAAUAUGUUCAAGAAAAUGCCUGAAAUUUUGUGCCAUAUGACUACCAACCGGGCAACGCAGAUCCACGCCUGCAGGCACCCCAAGGAUGAGAUUUUUUUCAGAGCUAACAGGUUACCCUGCGGCUCCACGGCUCCAGACGGCACUCCACUUAACAUUAUCAGCAUCAAACCCUCAACCAUAUGGUUUGGAGAACGGACCAAAAAGACUUCGGUCGUUGUCAAGAUGGGCAGCAGUUCUUACAGAGCCUGUUUUUCCUUUCAUUCUUCUUAUGCAGAGGUCAAAGACUUCCUUUCUUACAUUUGUCCUGUAAACAUCUACCCUAAUGUCAUUCCCUUGGGACAAACAGUAGAGGAUGUUAUAGAACUAUUGAAGCCACUGUGUAGGCGCCGCUCUAGAGGGGAGGAGAUUGUCUACAUGCCACUUGGAAAACUCAAAAGAACCAAAAAGCAGUGCACAUCAGAAGGCUCAGACAGUGAAGAAGACUUGUUUGCGGAGGUUGCCAUGGCUCCGAGGAGGAGGAAGAUGUCAGUGACUGAUACAACCAAGGUUACUGAUAACACCCAGCCUCACAGCCCCAAUAAAGAUUCCCUCGAAAAAGACAAAAUGUAUGUCUUCCCAGAGCCCCUCCCCUCUACACAGCCUUCCAAUUACAUAGAUUGCACAGAAUCAAAUGAUGAUGAUGAUGAUGACGACGAAGACGAUGCUGAGCUUUCAAAUGUCAUGGGUGACGAACCCCCUAAACCUUACCCAUCUGGUGCUGCUCCACCUGGCACAGAAACUACAUGCCCCAUAAUGACUCCAACCACAUCCAGUUCUAACACACCACAAUCUAACUCUGCUCCGCCCCGCUGGGAAAAUUUCUUCAAGGCAGACCCAGUGUUGACCGAUGAGAGCGAGUUUGAUAACAGCCAAAAUACUCAAACCUUAUCCACCGAAAACACUGCACCUCAGUCCCCCGAGCUAUUUCAAGAUGAUGAUGACAGUAGCAUUUACCUGACCUCCUCACAGUCCACUCAUGUAUCUGAUGUAGGUACAGAGAGCUUUAGUCAAAUAGAUACUGUUCUUAUACAUGUGGAUGACAGUAAGACGACAAGUAACCAAGGGACCAAUGGGGUGUUUCAGGAUGGGAACAGUAAAUCUGGUGAGAUGGGGUCAGAUGCAAAUGAACCCAAAACAGAAACCAGGGAGCAGAAAUCAGAUUCACAGGUAUCGUCAGAUUUUGAGCUUCCAGCAACACCUGGUUCUAAAGUCUCAGAGCCAGACGACCUAAAAGACCUGUAUAGGAAGUUGGCGGCAGGAGAGGAAGUAGUAAUAAGAAAGAUUUUUUAAUUUAAGUCAGCCUUUACAUUCUUUUGUACAAGAGCAUACCUCAGUGGUUACACAUUUCAUAACCACCAUCAAUUUAGAACAACACAAUAAGUCCUUAAGCAACUAUCUUGACUUUGUUCUGUAAUUCUGCUUAUAAUUUCUUGUAAUCACAUAUUUUAUUUGCAACUUUGUUGUUGACUACAAAAUAUUUAAUCUUUGUUUUAUUACAGUGGCUUUAUACUUUUUAUUUUUUUUGCAACACAUACCAACGAACAGAACAGACAGGUCACUGGGGUAUCACAUACAGAUAAGAUGUUCAUGUACAAUUAACUUUAUGUCAGGGGUUGCUCUCCAAAUAAUAUCGGAAGAGAGAGAAUGAAAAAAAAAAAAAAUUUAUUUAUAUAUAUAUAUAUAUAUAUAUAUAUAUA